AUGGCGUACGCGGAAACGGCGACUGCAGAAUUAGGCGCGAUGAAAUCGAGACUCGAGCAAGUCGAGCGAAAGUCGGAGGAGGACGCGCGAACGAUCGAUGAGCUGCGCGCGCGCGUCGAACGCGCGACGACGUCGACGUCGACGUCGAACACCGACGCGACGGCGGGGAUUCGAGCGGCUUUCGAGGCUGAGACGAGACGGCUCGGAGAGCGAGCGCGCGUCGCGGAGCGCGAACGCGACGACGCGUUGCGCUCGCUCGAGCGCGCGGUCGCCCCGCGCGCGCGCGAGGAAUCCGUAGAGACGCCAGUCGGCGGCGAGGACGCGUCGCGGAUCACGGAGGAGGCGCUGUUGAGGCGGCGCUGCGACGACGCGGACGGGUUGUUGAGACAGUACGCGGCCGAAGGCGCCGCCCUCGCCGAAGAGGCGAACGAAGCCGCCAGACGGAACCGGGUGUUGGAAGCAUUCGCAUCGGACGCUUUCGCGCUCGUCGAGGACGCGCGCGCGCUCGUCGACCGUCGCCGCCGCGAACGCGCGGCGACGUGA